AUGUCGACCAAGGCAGAGGCUGCCCGUCCUCGGCCAGCGGACACCAAGAAGGUGCACAUCGCCGAUACUCAAAUGACCCGUGCAAACUGGUAUAAGCAUGUCAACUGGCUCAAUGUUUUCUUCAUUCUCGGUAUCCCCGCCUACGGAUGUGUUCAGUCCGCAUGGGUGCCACUGCAGCUGAAGACUGCCAUCUGGGCCGUCGUCUACUACUUCUUCACUGGUCUUGGUAUCACUGCAGGAUACCAUCGUCUCUGGGCUCACUGCUCUUACUCCGCUACUCUGCCCCUUCGUAUCUGGUUCGCCCUGGUUGGCGGUGGUGCUGUUGAGGGCUCCAUCCGCUGGUGGGCUCGUGGCCACCGUGCUCACCACCGUUACACUGAUACCGACAAGGACCCUUACUCCGUUCGCAAGGGUUUCUGGUACUCUCACCUCGGCUGGAUGGUCAUGAAGCAGAACCCCAAGCGUAUUGGCCGUACCGACAUCUCUGAUCUCAAUGAGGACCCCGUCGUCAUCUGGCAACACCGUCACUACCUAAAGGUCGUCUUGGGAAUGGGUCUCAUUUUCCCUAUGCUGGUGGCUGGCCUUGGCUGGGGUGACUGGUUCGGCGGUUUCGUCUACGCCGGUAUCCUGCGUAUCUUCUUCGUUCAGCAGGCUACUUUCUGUGUCAACUCUCUGGCUCACUGGCUCGGUGACCAGCCCUUCGAUGACCGCAACUCUCCUCGUGAUCACGUUAUCACCGCUUUGGUUACCCUGGGUGAGGGUUACCACAACUUCCACCACGAGUUCCCCUCCGACUACCGCAAUGCUAUCGAGUGGCACCAGUACGACCCUACCAAGUGGACCAUCUGGACCAUGAAGCAGCUCGGUCUCGCCUACGACUUGAAGCAGUUCCGUGCAAACGAGAUCGAGAAGGGUCGCGUUCAGCAACUGCAGAAGAAGAUUGACCAGAAGCGCUCCAAGCUGGACUGGGGUAUUCCUCUGGAGCAAUUGCCUGUCCUGGAGUGGGAUGACUACGUCGAGCAGGCCAAGAGCGGCCGUGGUCUCGUUGCUAUCGCUGGUGUUGUCCACGACGUCACCGACUUCAUCAAGGACCACCCCGGUGGUAAGGCUAUGAUCAGCUCUGGUAUCGGCAAGGAUGCCACUGCCAUGUUCAACGGUGGUAUCUACUACCACUCUAAUGCUGCCCACAACCUUCUUUCCACCAUGCGUGUUGGUGUUAUUCGUGGAGGCUGUGAGGUUGAGAUCUGGAAGCGCUCCCACAAGGAGAACUCCGAGUAUGUUCGUGAUGAAUCUGGCCAACGCGUCAUUCGCGCCGGUAUGCAGGUGACUAAGAUCCCUGAGCCGGUUCCUACUGCUGAUGCGGCUUAA